CAUGGCACCCUUGGGUUGAACCGACCCACAAAUGCACAACAGCUCUACAACCAACUGCACCCUACUACGCAGUACUGCAAAAUGAGCGUGAGAAUACUAACGCAGAUGGCAAUGCCUCGGUUGCAGCAAGCAACCGGGGCCCCUGUUUUCAUCAAUGAGGCCACUUUUGAGUAGCGAAAAUGCCUAGGACAAGAGGCCCGGAAUUACGCGUGUCGCGUCUCAGCAGUCGGCAAAAGAAGGAAGCGACUCAAGACAAAUGCUGGAUACCGAUAUACAACCAAGGUAUUUUCUACGGAAGCCCAUGGCUUCGUCCUUUUCAACCCGCUCACGUAGCUUCACUCAUUUUAUUUUCGACUCGUCCCUCACCCAUGAUCCGCCAUCGAACCCGGUCUUGCUCGGUUAAACCUGCCCCUGCCACGCAGCCAUCGAUCCUGCCACCCUCCAGCUGGUCACUAUGGCACGCCCGUCACCUUCGAGUUCACUUCCCCUCCCCUGCAUAUCUUCCGCCGAAUUUGCGGGCUGCACGUUCGACUACCUGAUUGUCGGCGGCGGCACCGCAGGACUGGUGGUCGCUGCCCGUCUCUCGGAAGAUCCAGCAAUCACCGUCGGCGUUCUCGAGGCUGGCUCUGUCGGGAUUGGGGAGCCAGGCAUUGACGUCCCCGGCCUGUACGGGUCGACCCUUGGGUCCAAGUACGACUGGCAAUUUGCGACUGUUCCCCAACCGGGUCUAGCCGGACGGUGCCUCCCUUGGCCUCGCGGGAAGGUCCUGGGCGGAACCAGCGCCUUGAACUUCAUGACAUGGAAUCGUCCCAGUCGUCAAGACUUCGAUGCCUGGGAGCGACUCGGUAAUGUUGGCUGGGGUUGGGAUGGUCUGCUCCCAUUUUACAAGAAGACCGAGGCAUUUCACCACCCGCUGGAUAACCAGUCCAAGCACGAGAAUAAGCUUCUCUAUGACCCUGACGCUGUUGGCACAUCUGGCCCCGUGCAGAUUUGCUAUGCCACUGAGUACUCACCGUCCCACGUCUUCUGGCACGCCACAUUGAGCUCGCUAGGCGUCGAAACGAACGAAGCCCAUCUGGCUGGAUCGAAUGUAGGCGUCUGGACGAACUUGGGUUCCGUCGACCCGGACUCCUUAGUGCGGUCAUAUUCGACAACAGCGUAUUACUUGCCUAACGCAUCCCGUCAGAACCUGGUUGUUCUAACGGACGCUACGGUCAACGAGGUCGUCCUUAGCGAGCAUGAGGGCCAAUGGACCGCCACGGGAGUUCGGUUCCAGCACGAGGGGCAACACCAUACCGUCUUGGCCAAUAGGGAGGUGAUCCUUUCUGCUGGAACUGUCCAGUCACCACAGCUCCUGGAACUUUCCGGCAUUGGUAACGCAGACGUCUUAUCACGCGCCGGCGUACCAGUUAAGGUGGAGAACCCCAACGUCGGGGAACAUCUGCAGGACCAUAUCAUGGUCGCAACCAUCUUCGAGGUCGACCCGUCACUCGCCAAUCCGGAUGACCUGAAGCUGGACAAGGCCGCAGCCACAGCCGCACAGGAACUGUAUAACACAUCCAAGUCCGGACCCCUGACUAUACUCCCAAAUUCAGUCUGUUAUCUCCCCGUCUCCCAUGUUGUCUCCAAGGAAACCCACGAGUCCCUUGUCUCGCGACUCGCGGGCUUGACGGAAUACGCUGGAAACGAAAAGGCCAUUCGUAACCAGCGCUUCGACCCCUCCGCCAAACUCGGCCAGAUAGAGUACAUGUUCGAUCUCGGCAACUGGAACCCCGCCUUUACCCCCGAUCCCUCUGACGGAAAGAAAUAUGCCACCUGUCUGCAGAUGCUCCAGUACCCGUAUUCCAAGGGUAGCAUCCACAUCCCGCCGAAGGGUCCGGACGGAUCACAAACUAGAGUCUCAGACAAGCCCUUGAUCGACCCCAAGUACUACUACGGUCCUCACGGGGAGCUAGACCUCGACAUCAUGACCCACUGCGCCUUCUUCGCCGACAAAAUCGCCAAGACGAAGCCCCUGGCUGAUAUCGUUCGCCGUCGUGCCUUCCCGCCAGAAGACGUGUCUGGCUUUGAGGACCUGCGUGACUGGGUCGUCAACACGACCAUCACUGACUGGCAUCCGGUAGGGACAUGUCGCAUGGGCGGUAGCCUCGGCAUCAGGGCGGGGGUGGUGGAUGAUCGUUUGCGUGUGUAUGGUGUCAGGGGACUGCGUGUGGUGGAUGCGAGCAUCAUGCCCUUGCAGAUUAGCGGUCACUUGCAGGCUACCGUGUAUGCCAUUGCUGAGAAGGGGGCUGAGAUGAUACUGGAGGAUUAUAAGAGGGACCGCGGCUCGGUGAUGUGAUGUGAUCUGUUGCGAUGCAAUUGAAGCGUGGCGACGCUCUCUCAAGACACUGGCAUUGUUGGGGGGCUAUGUUAUCUGUUCCAGGUUGACAAAUGUUACUGCCAUGUUUGGUGCAGUGAAUUGUCCUGGUUCUCGCAGAAGUGUUUAGAUUGAUGAGACCUUUUGAGCUGGAGAUCACAUCUACCAGUAGACCGCUCUGAACAUCAGCAACCGCAGACAUGAGGCCGGAAUUCGCGUUUGUUGCCUGAGUCACAAGGAUAGAUACACCAGCGACUGAGGCACUGCUGGUGUAUCUGCAGUAAGGGGUGAUUCAGUUCACCAUUCA